AUGCCGACCGAACUGCGUAACCGCAAAGUUGCCCCACCACCACCACCACCACCACGCGACCCUCCCUCCGAACGAAUCCACAAAGAAGAAGAAGAAGAAGACAAAUCCAAACAAAAAUCCACACCCAGAAGAAGCGCAUCCUCCUCCGGGAGAAGAAAAGAUGAAGGCCCCCCGGAUCUCGAACCCAACAUCUGGGUCGUGGCAUGCCUCUUCCUCCUCUUCAGCCUCGUCGUGGGCACCUUCGUCUUCUACAAAAUCGACAACCGCGACGACGGCCCCUUCGCGACGUGGGUGAAGCGGCAAUCCCCCUGGAUCGACGCCACGUUCAACCGCUCGCCUGCCCUGCGGCGGCAGCAGACGCUGCUGUUCGGUGCCGCGGCGCAAGAGACGACUCUAAAACUCACCGAGGAGGAGUUGAAAGCCUUCACGGGCAAGGACGCGGAACAACCGAUCUACCUGGCCAUCGACGGCGUCAUCUUCGACGUCUCCGCCAGCCCAGCCUUCUACGGGCCCGGGGGCCACUACCAUCACUUCGUCGGGCGGGACGCCACGCGGGCGUGGAUCACGGAAUGCUGGGACGAGGAGGAGCAGUUCACGUGGCGGCUGGACGGCGUGGAAGCCAUGUUCCUGCCCAAGUGGAUGGACGAGACGAUCGAGGCGGCCGGACGGGGGGAGUUCGAGGGCGUCGAGGGGCUCGACGCCAUGCCCAAGGACAUGCUGGGGACUCUGGCCAAGAAGGCGAUGCAGAAGUAUGGCAGCAUCACGGACGGGGAGAAGAAAGAGCGCAGGAAGCGGGAUCGGGAAGAGGCGGAGGCCAAGGUGAAGGAGACGUUGGAGCAUUGGAAGGGGUUCUUCACGGGGAAUGGCAAGUAUAAGGUUGUGGGGGAGGUUGUUCGGGAUGAGACGAGGCCUGCUCCGCCGAAGCCUUGCGCGGAGGCGAUGAAGAAGAGGCCGACCAAGGGAGGGAAACUGGAAAGCUUGAUGGGGGCCAUGGGUGGUAUGAUGGGUGGGAUGGGAGGAGGCGGCAAUGGGGAGAAGAAGGGUGAGAUGCCGGACUUUGUGAAGCAGAAGUUGGCGGAGCAGAAGAAGGCUGCUGAAGCGGAAACGAUUGAAGAGGUUGAGUUGGAGGAUGACGACGACGGGCUGGCUCAUGAAGAGUUGUAG